AUGGCAUCAACCAAGACAUUCCGUCUCCUGGUGCUGCCAGGGGACCAUGUAGGUCCAGAGAUCGUACAUGAAGCAAUCAAAGUUCUCCGAACGAUAGAAAGCUGCCGACCCGAGUUGCAUUUCGAACUUACAUUCGAACUUGCUGGUGGUUGCAGCAUCGAUAAGCACGGGGUUCCGAUUACCCCCGAGGUGCUCGACAAGGCCAAAGCCAGCAACGCGACCCUGUUUGGCAGCGUGGGCGGUCCACGAUGGGGACACGCAAUACCAAAUCCAGAAUCUGCACUUCUAUCCCUCCGUCAAUAUCUCAAUGCAUUCGCAAACAUACGACCGUGCGAGUUUUUCGUUUCAUCAUUGAUUGACUUAUCGCCAAUCAAACGAGAAAUCGUGGCUGGCACCAAGUUUGUAGUGGUACGAGAGAAUUGCGGCGGUGCCUACUUUGGCGAGAAGACAGAGCAGAAGGAGUAUGCAUCUGACCUCUGGGGUUACGGAGCGGCCGAAGUUGAGAGGCUGUGUCGUGUGAGCGCCGCCGUCGCGCGCAUACUUGGCCGCGAAGGAGACGGGAAGGGGAGUGGUGGGCCAGCUGUUGUCUGGAGUUCGGAUAAAGCAAAUGUCCUCGCAAACAGCAGGCUCUGGAGGAGGGUGACGUCCGACGUAUUUGCUUUGGAGUUCAAAGAUAUCGAACUACACCACCAACUCGCUGAUAGCAUGGCGAUGCUCAUGGUUCAGGAUCCAAAACGCUUCAACGGCGUUAUUCACACUGAUAACACCUUUGGGGACAUCUUGUCUGAUAUCUCAGGAGGCAUCAUCGGCACUCUGGGAGUCUUGCCUAGUGCUAGCGUCUCUGGUGUGCCAGGGGAGGGCGCCUGCAACGGCAUUUAUGAGCCUGUCCAUGGUAGCGCACCCGAUAUUGCCGGGAAAGGAGUGGUAAAUCCAGUUGCGCAGAUCCUCAGUCUCGCAAUGCUCUUAAGAUACUCCCUAGGCCUGUUGGAGGAAGCAACUAAAAUCGAAAAGGCAGUUGCGCAAGUGAUGGAUGAGAACGGGCUAGGAGGCCUCGAGAUCAGAACUGCAGACCUAGGAGGAAAGGCGACCACGAGUAAUGUUGGUGACGCAGUCUGUGAUGUCCUGCGGUCAAUCUUGUAG